AUGGUGAUCGAAAACCUAGAUGAUCCCCCGAACAGUCGGCUUUUCGUGGUCACAAGUCGGUCGAUAACUGAAGAUGAGCUUCGAGACCGUUUUUCUGAUUUUGGGGACAUUCAAGGGGUCUGGGUUGUCAAAGACAAACAGACGAAAGAGUCCAAAGGCAUUGCGUAUGUGAAGUUCGCCCGGUCUUCGCAGGCCUGUCUGGCCAUGGAGGAAAUGCACGGCAAAGUGCUGAUGGAUGGGACUAAACCCAUCAAGGUAUUUAUCGCCCAGUCACGGUCUUCAGCAACACAUCGAGACGUUGAGGAUGAGCAGCUGACCAGGAUCUUUGUCAUGAUCCCCAAAAGCUUCUCAGAGGAGGACCUCAAAAAUACAUUCAAAGAAUAUGGCGAUAUUGAGUAUUGUGUGAUCAUCAAGAACAAGUUCACAGGAGAAAGUAAAGGACUGGGUUAUGUGAGAUACUACAAACCCUCUGAAGCUGCCCUCGCUAUAGAACUCUGUGACAAAGCUUACAGGGCCAUCCUGGCUGAACCUCGCACCAAGGCUUCUUCAACAGAAGAGUACAGCGGGGCAGCGGCCAGAAGUGAUUAUGUGGGUGGUGCUGACUCCACGAACCACUACACCUUCUCGAUGGCUGACCCUGGGAGCUUCCCGGUGGUGGACUACCGCUCCGGUGACUUCACACGAUGCCUGAUGAUGUCAACACGGGCUGGACUCACCCAGGAGCAGAUUUUUGCUCUGUUUGACAUUAUUCCUGGUAUGGAGUACUGCGAGCUGCAGAGAGACAGUUAUGGAAUGAGCAAAGGUCAUGCACUGAUUCGCUACAGCAACUUGGGAUCAGCAGUUUAUGCCAAGGAGAAGCUGAACGGGUUUGAAUAUCCACCUGGCAACAGACUGGUAGUAAAUUUUAUAGAUGAUGGCGAGGACCGCAGCAGUCCUGUAGGUCGGAUGGCCACGCAAUUUGUUGCAGCCCAGAUGAUGGCUGCAGUGUGGAAUGGACCCUCCACCAGCCAAGUGGUAAAACCUAGCUUCUCUAGUGUCUCCACAGUGCCACGGAUUCAGACAGACGUCAACCUGCCCCCUCUAAAGAAGCUCGCUCCACCCGACAGCAAGGCAAAGGAGCGCUUGUUUGUUGUGUUCAGCCCCUCCCCGCUGCCCCCAGAUGUGCUGGAGGACGUUUUCUGUCGCUUUGGUUCUCUUAUUGAGGUGCAUCUGGUUCCUGGGAGGAAGGUUGGAUAUAUGAAGUAUGCUGACAAACAGUGUGCAGAUGAGGCCAUGGCAGCGCUCCACGGUCGUGUCGUCAAUGGAGUGAAGAUGAAGGUGAUGCUGGCUGAUCCUCCCAGAGAGGAAUCUCACAAACGUCCUCGCACCUACUAGGACUGCGUCACAGAAAUGAAAUGGCGACUGUUGUCAUGACACAAUGACACCUGACCUGACAGACCGACAUCAAGACCUUCUCCCAACCUCUGACACGACCUUUGACACCUGUCUGACCUAACCUCUGGUCAGUGACCUUGCUGUGACUCACUGAUAUAACAACAUAACACUACUAAAACAGAAUCUUAAUCACAUACAGUAUGUGUUAUCUAUACGUGAAGUACAUAGUUCCAGUGUCGACACUGUUUUUUGGCUCGUGUUAGUUUGGACUAACUGCAACUACAGCAGUAGCACACAAUGAUUUAUCAACAGACAGAAGAAACACUUGAAACAACAUUUUAAUUCAGGUAGUUGUCAACAUUUUCUUCUUGAAGAACUGGGCAGGGGCUGCAGUCUGUUGUUAAGCCAAACAACGUGGAUGUGUAAAACUGAAUCUAAACCUUUUUGUAGUUCACACCUGAUCCUUUUUUUCUAAUUGUGGUAUACCCAGUAGUUACACGUUGAGCUCGCUUCACAUGAAUAUUACUGUGAACCUUUUGUCUCACUAGAAAUAAAGCUCAGUUCAACACACCA